GAGGCCGCUCUUGGUGCUCGCUUCACCACCCUAGAGAAUGCCCACAAGUUGUUCGAGGAUUGGCGCCCUGAAGUGGAUGCGACCAUCGACAACUUUCGCGUUGAGCUAGGUGCGAUGCGUAAGACUAUGAAUCGAGUGGUUCCCGAUUCCAAGGCUGCUUCAUCGGCAGACCUUCCCACCAAAAUGAAGAUGACCGCGACAUCAACAUCCACCGGUAACCCGGUCAUCGAGCCUGACAGGCACCACAUGAACACACAUCACCAGGGGCCUGUGUUUCAAACCCAUCUCACAGAUAAGGGUAUGUGUGGUUUCCCUAAACCCAAGCUCAUUCAGUCUAAAUCCCAUUCGUUGUUGGAGGGUUUGGGUCAUCAGGCUUCACUAGCAGGCCUCCUCACCAAGCCGGAGAUGGCUACAACGUCAGCAUCUGUCGGUAACCCAGUCAUCGGUCCUGUUGGGCAUCACGUCGACACACAUCGUCGGGGGUCUAAGUUUCAAACCCAUCUUCCAGACAAGGGCCUCCUCACCAAGCCGAAGGUGGUUGUGGUGUCAGCAUCUACGGGUAACCCGGUCAUUGGUCCCGAUGGGCACCGCGUCGACACACAUCACAAGGGGUCUAGGUUUCAAACUCAUCUCCCAGACAAGGGCCUCCUCACCAAGCCAGAGAUGGUUGCAGCGCCAACAUCUGCCGUUAACCCGGUCUUCGAUCUUGAUGGGCACCGCGUUGACACACAUCACCAGGGGUCUGGGUUUCAAACCCGUCUCUCAAACAAGGGCCUCCUCACCAAGCCAGAGAUGGUUGCAGCGCCAACAUCUGCCGUUAACCCGGUCUUCGAUCUUGAUGGGCACCGCGUUGACACACAUCACCAGGGGUCUGGGUUUCAAACCCGUCUCUCAAACAAGGACCUUCUCACCAAGCCAGAGGUCUUCGGUCUCGAUGGGCACCACAACGACACACAUCAUCGAGGGUCUGGCCGUCUCCUAGGCAAGGGCCUCCUCACCAAGUCAGAGAUGGCUAUGGUGUCAGCAUCUGUAAGUAACCCGGUCAUCGGUCGUGAUGGGCACCGCGUCGACACACAUCACCGGGGGUCUAGGUUUGAAACCCGUGUCCCACCCAAGGGUGUGCAAGACAGGGUGCAUACAAUGAGUGCGGGUUUCAACAAGCAGAUACUCGCCCAGAAGCUUUCGAAGCUUAAUAGCUCACAGCAGAGCAUAGAGACUUUAUCACAUUGGUGUGUCUUUCAUCAUCGUUACUGCCAACAAGUUGUAGGAACAUGGGAUUGCGAGUUCCAUGCAGCUCCUGAAGAGAGGAGGGUAGCUUUGCUGUACCUUGCAAAUGAUAUUAUGCAGAAUAGCAGAAAAGAAGGUAAUGGAUAUAUAACUGAAUUCAUGAGGGUCAUCCCUGCUGCCUUGAAUGAAGUGUUGACUGCCACAGAUGAUUUUGGGCGGAAUGUCCCAAAAAGACUGGCUUUCUGGCGAGGUGGGUAAUUACCGCAACUUGCUAAACCCGCCCUGCAAAAUCACGUUUGUGGCUCAUGUGGAGUAACUACAAUUGUUUUGUGGGUCAAACUGCCAAACCCCCAAGUGUGUGCUUUGGUCCGCAAGCGGUCAUUCUCAGCGAUUAGAAAGCUUCCAUUGAUGUUCGCUUCGCCUACCUAGCUUUGAUCCCCUCAUGUCAAUACACACUGGCCGAUCAUGGUAUUAAGCAUGCUUGUUGGGCUGCUUCAAACCAAUGUAGGAGCAUGGAAGCUGAAAAUUCAUUCGCAGCUUGUUGACAUGCGCUGUGAUCUUGCUGACGACAGGCGUCAUGAGGCAAGCGAGGCACUCAUUGAGUUAGGUGUCUUUUGUGGUGGGUUGUCUGCGCCGACGGGGCCACACACGAUGCAAUUGGCACGCAUCAAGAAGAUCGUGAAGCGCUCCGUGGGGGAGAUCGUGGACAACAUCAGCAGGAUGAGCUCAGGCUCAGGUGAGGUCCACGUGGUGUUCUCCAAGGCCAUCGCUGAGUUCACGUGCUGCAACUAGGCAGCCAUUCUGUCUGUAUUGUGAACAACACCGACCUGUUCAACUUCCUCAUCCACGGCGUCAUAAUAGACAACGCGGGUGGGUUCGGUGGGCACUACGACAGCGGCAAGCUGGGUGAGCUGAGAAUAACUUCCAUGAUUGUAUGUCGGGAUGUCACAAAGUCUGUAAAAUACUAGCGGUUCCAUGUGGGUUUGCUGCAAAUCCUAUGAGGACCCUAGCGCCUUGUGCGGGCACUUGGCGGACAACCACAGAUGAGCCCGCCUGCAAUGCUAUUGUUCGAUGAAAUCCAGUUGAGGCAUGUUUCCCUAUGUAAUCUCCUAGAUUUUUGAACCUUAUUGAGGAUUGGUUGUCAAACUAUUGUCCAAAUAAAAUUUGAUUCAUGUGCCACACAACAUGCUACAAAUGGAGUAUGGAUUUCCAUUUUGACCUUGUAUUGACCUAGCAACAUGUAAUAGGUAGUCUUUCAUGGAUUUCUAUAACUGGAUGCAAUUGAUUUGCACUUCCUUUGAAGGAAUCGUACUCCUACACUAGAGUAAUAUAUUGUCUAUUGUGUGCAAUUUUCUCGUUCGUUGUCGAUUGAGAUGCUCGAUCCGUCAUGUUAUUGUUACCUAUCCAUGUGACAUUUUGGCUAGGAUUGGUGACCAUUAGAGCUAAGAAAAAUCUCUUAGGUGUUGUCGAGAGCCAAGUGAUAGCCAUGGUAUGGCUCUGAGCCUAGGCUUCAACCAUGCCCAAUGCCCAAGGCAGGGCUACGUGAGGGCGUGCUUCACUUGUGAACGCCACAAGUCAGAGCACCUGCAACCUCUGCCAAUCCUAGAAUCAAUGUGGUCUGAUGUCAUGAUGGACUUCAUGAGGGACUUCCUAAAGUUGAUGGCAAAUUAGUGAUCCUCAACCGUGAUUGAUCAAGGACUUCCCAAGGUCGAUGGCAGAUAAGUGAUCCUCAAUCGUGAUUAAUCGGCAGAGAUGGUGGCCUGAUUGUUCUUCGUCGAGGUCAUCUGCUUGCAUGACAUUGUGUCUUCCAUUUGUGUCAAGCAUGUUAGGUUCCAUGCACCAACCAAGUGAACCCAAAAGAUUAAGCGAUUGGGAAGAGGUGGGCAAUCUACUAAUGCUUCACAGCACUCACACUCGCAUGUAGCCAGAACAAGGCACAAACGUGAAAAUAGAUAAGGGAGCGGAGGACUUAAAAGAUGCCUCUACCAGGACUCGAACUUGAGAUCUUUGGCUUUGAUACCAUGUUAGGUUUCAUGCACCAACCAAGUGAACCCAAAAGCUUAAGUGAUUAGGAAGAGUGGGCAAUCCACUAAUACUUCACAAUAGGACACACCUUGUUUUCACUUCAGCUUCCGAAAGGUGUUGUUCGAUGCAUCCGGUUCCAAGCUUCACAUGAGCUCCGAGGCAACUACAAGGUAAUUGCCAUGUACUUGCUAUCUAUGAUAGGUGCCCAUCCUCGAUAGUGGGUAAAGUGGCUCCCUUGGGCCCAAUUCGUUUGCAACAAUCUCUACCACUUGGCGCUCCGUGAUGAUGUUUUGGGUGCCAGUCUGCUCCUAUGAACCGAGCAAGCUAUGUGUCAUUUCAGCACCGCAUGCCAUGCAAGAAUGUGACGAGUUUCUUGUCGACAUCCACGGUUGUCUCAAGCAAGCUUAGCACAUUGCCAAGUGCAAUUAUUACCAUGGCCAUCAUGCAACAUCCUUUGUUGUCGAGGAUUGGGUGUGGCUUCGCCUUUGUCAUCACACACUUGUACCAAUGGCAACAACGGUGCGUCCACCACAAGAGAGCGCAUGAAGGGAAGGUGCCAAGCAAUUGACGGAUUCAAGACGUGUGUCCACCUGCGUGUGGAAGGUAUCCAAGUGGGACCCACAGACAUUGUAAAGCUAGCUAAUAUAGCUAGGCACUUGUAAAAGGCAAGACUAUUAGAAACAUGUGUAGUGUAGAGACAAGUUAGAAUUGAGUAAAACUCAAAUCGGGUUAAAGGAGACUCCCUCCUCCCCAAGUUAUCUGUGUCUGAUCCUUGCCACCAUUAUUCACGUCGAUGACAAAUCGCUGGCGGCCACGGGUGUUACAACACCCUUGCCUUGGACGACUUCCAAGGGGAAGCUCUAGCCUUGCUUCUAUGGUCCAAAUACAGGAUCAACGCUCAAACCUGCCUGGUGGCUUUCAAACUUGAGCUCCCACCUAGUGCAUGCACCCACGAUGUCUCCACAUCGGCCUGCCCAAGAAUUUCUUGGGUGAUCCUACUUAAUGCAGUGGGAGAGUCCCGCUGCAGUACUACUGCUCCACCAUGGCGCGGCCUCUCUGUUCAUGAACGAGCACUGAAAAUGCACUUGGCUCACGGUGUUUACCCACUAUUAAUCAAGUGUGAGGACCAACCUAACUCUACAUUGUGGGAAGACCUAGAGCUCUUUUAGAGGAAGUACCUCUCGUAGCCCGAUGACGAGUUGUUGCUUUAGGGAACUGAGUGAUGUUGUGACCUACAGUUGCCGCAAGAAGAAAGAGCAGGAGAAUCAUGAAGGAUUAGAGGAGUUAAUCCAGGCACUAGAUGGAAGGCACCAUCAGUAAUUAGGCUUGCCAUUUGCUGUUGAACAACUCUAUUAGGAUAAUUGUUUGGAAUUUAAACACAUUCUACUUUCGGUUGUAAGCUCUUAUAUCUGUAGGAGUUCUGUCAAUUGGAUAAGGAAAGCAAAUAAUUAUUCCUAAUUCCCCUCCCAUCUCUGUGAGCUCUUCUGUUAGUUCCAAGGAAGCAACGCAAGGAUAUUGCCCUCCUGUCGAGCACCUUCACCAGCCACUCUCACAACAGACAACACAAGAACAAACUUCUCAGCUUUUGCUGUAUAAUGAAUAUGUCAUCCUCUGGUCUGCACUGGUUCCCUGUGCGCCAGUUGUGCGCAGUAUGUAGCCACAUGUGCACUGUCAAAUGGAAAACGUGAAGAAAAGUAUGGUUCAUGAGGUCAUUAUGCUAAGUUCCUUGCGUCUCAAGCUUCAACGCUAAUUUGAACUUAUGUUCGUUGAUUUUUUUUUUCUCAAACAAGCUUGCAUUUAUCUAUAGUGCUGGAAAGCCCGUUAACCAUUUGCCUUCCCUUUACAUGGCUUUCUUUACAUGUUUUCGCUUGUUGGCCGUGUCACUAUAGUGCUUGCUUGUUAGAGUACAUUGUUUACUAUGCCUAUUGUAUUUCCAGAUAUGUAGGGUGCCUUGUGUAAACGUUAGUAUGCAUAUCAACCCCACUUUGCACCGAUUGCAUUACAAGCUUUCUAAGUUACUAACAUGCUAUUAGAACCGUUGAACCGGCGGUUUAUUGGUAGAAACCGGUAAUAAAACUGGACUUUGAACUGAGAACAAACUAGGCGGCCAACACCGCUACGUGGUUCUGGGCAUGUGGAAGUAGCAGGAGGGGAGAGAAACUAUGGGAAGUUGGUGUAAAAAGAGGAAGCGAGGGGAUUCGAACCUAUUCUGCGGGUUGGAGAGUAGUAGCUCCACCGUUGCAUUACAAUAUCUGUUGUGAUAAUCUUGCAUGACUCAUUCUAUUUGAACGUAUUAAACCACCGGUUGGACCAGUCAAACCGUGAACCGAGGCUUCAACCGGUUCAAUGUCUGGCCUGGUCCUAAUAACUAUGCCUUAGGCACCACAUGGCCGAGCUUCCACAGGCCAAAAAGUUUUGUUUCUCCCCCUUUAUCCCCCUUCGCCAAGGAGCAGUAGUUUUCAUUGCUAUAUUUACACUCCUACUGUCGUGGGCUCCUUUGUGAUCACACAUAUGAAGGAGAGGACGCCGACAGCCCCGUCAGACAAGACGCCAAGUUAUUCUUUUUAGGAAAUAAAUUGAAUAAAAUUGAGUUAUUUCCAUAUUUGAGAAAGGACCUCAUAUAUAAAUGCCGGUAGAUUGUAUUAGUGCAGAAUUCUAUCGAAAGAAGAGCUCUCAGGUUGGGGGUGGGGGGUUUCUCUUCGGUUGACCGGCACCAUGGAGAACAGGCGCCUCUUCGGUUGCUACCUUCUCCACUCCAAUCCUAAUUCCCGUGCCUCUCCACUUUCUGCCUUGCACACUCUCCAUCGACAACGCCCUAGUAAUGAUCCUGAUGCCAUCAUGGCCAACCUGGAUCGCAUGUUGAUGGGGGCGUGGGGCUGACCACGAUCGAAAACCGCCUUGACAUCCAUGAUUGUCGGAUCACACGCACCGAAAAGUUCUAGAUGGGCAGCGACUGUGAGGUGGACGAAGGUGGUGCCGAUAGGACUCCAUCAGCAUCCACGUAAUGUCUCCCAUGCGACGGCGAUAGCGUUGAUUGUCGGCGGUCACUGCUAUUAUCGUGACAACUACGACGAUGAUGACCAGGGGCUUCCAUCCGUGCCACCCGGAGCUCAAAUUUCCCCGCAACGAUGGCGAGUCUGAUCGCUUGCCUUGGCUCAACAAGUGCGACUUCUUUCGGGGUCACCGAACCCUGGAGGAGGAAAAGGUGUGGAUGGCUUCUCUUGACCUAGUCAGCGCAGCAGGGGAAUGGUACUAACAGAUGGAACGUGAUUUCGGGAUGGUGUCAUGGCCGCACAUUGUCAAGUACAUGAACCUAUGCUUUGGGCCGCCCAUCCGCUCGAACGCUUUGGGUGAGAUCAAGGCCCUCCAGUUACGGGGUCGGUGGAGGAUUACCGGUGCCAGUUCCUUGCCCUACUGUGCUGCUGAGAGAGCCUCACACCACAAAAUCAGAUUGAUCUCGUCACUGCUGGUCUAGGGCAGCCGUGUGCUCUGGUGCACCACUUAAAAAAAGGAAUGAAACUAUCCCUUUGCACAUCAUUUUGCGUUCCCUCUUAGAUAUAAGUUUCUUCUUUUCUUCCUUAGUUCUGUCCAUACUUCCCCUCUGUGCUGCCUCUUGGAAAGGCUGAUGUUAAGCUUCCUCAAAGCACUGUCUGAUUUGCCCUAGUGAACUGUUGAAAUGCAACUUGCAAGUUAGCAUCGGUAGAUCUGUGCGACCUAGUAUAAAUUAGCUUGCACGUUAGCAACUAUUCUACUUUCCGCAUUAUUUUGUCUUGCACUUUAGCAUAGCUUAGCUUGCACGUGAGCACCUAUCCUAGUUUCUGCAUUAUUUUGUCUUGCACUUGCCCUGGUGAAUCCUUGUGCAAAAAUCAGAAAGUGGUUGCAUACUCUCAUGUAGUAAGUCUUAGCUCCAUUGUAAGUUAAUCACUUUGGGAUGAUAACCUGUGUGUUUAUACCUUGCUUUCCGACAGAUAAUUUUUUGUUUCAUCUCAUUUUUUUCUCUCAAC